AUGGCUUGGGAAGAUUUCUGCCGAGGCUCUGGUACGUUAGGCAGCCCAGCUUUCCGGAGAGUUCCAAAGCUCUGGACUUCCGGCGAGCGCAGGCCCCGUCUGGAAUCAACUUGUAAGCUCAUGCAUCUUCAACGUCCCCUUCUUGUCGAACUGGGCCCUGCUGCUAAUGCGCAGUCGAGGCAGGGACGUGGUGUGGUGUUCCGAGGGUUUGGGAUUUGUGAUCCCGAGAGCCCCAGGUUUGAUCUUCCGUGGCCUGACAAGUCCGAGGGAAUCUCCACCCUGUUGAGGAAACACCAGCAAGCUUGA